AUGCUAGCCAGAAGGACGUUCCUUCCUUGCACCACUAGAAGCAAAGAUCAAUGUUCUAGUAGUAAUAACAAUUCACCACAACCUUUGCCUUCCUCCUUGGAUGAUAAUGAAAUUAAAAAAUCAAUUCAAUUUUCUGUUUGUUGCUGUGCUUUCUUUCAUGGAUUUUCUGAAAUUGAUCGAGAAAGUAUUGAGGCAUUAACUAAAGUUUUGGAUGGAAAAUUGAAUAAAAUGUGUGAACAGCUAAAAAUGUUGGGAAAUCGGUUGAAACAAGGGAAGCCUUCAGCGGAAUUUAAGGUUUUAUAUUAUUUUAUUUUUGUGUCUUUGUAGGAGGUUCGAGUCUAUUUUUAAGUGUUAAAAAACUUUAUUACCUAAAUUGUCUUUUAAAAUUAUUUCUUUUAUGUGUGGGGAUGGCCGAGUGGUUAGUGAUUUGGUCUUUAUACCCAAAGGGUGUAGGUUCGAGUC